GCCGGAACCACGCCGGCGGGCUGGGCGGAUGUAUGGGGUUAAAGGUCAUCAGUGCCCACAGCUUCAAAGGCACCAGCUUGAUUUUGUUUCUCCUGCUCUCGGCGGGAGCUUAGACUGCAGCGUCUGCGGACGGAGAUGUCGGGCAGCAAGGGGCCCGUGUCCCUGCAGUGCUGGGAGCGCUUCGGCUCCAGGAGCCCCCGCAGCUGCACCGUAGCCCCCGACGGGAGACUGAGUUGGGAGGCUGGGGGCGGGCCCGGGCAAGGCCUGAGAGCCGCUCUCACGGCUGUGUUCCUGCCUCAUGGCUUCCCUGACAGUGUCAGCCCAGACUACCUGGCUUACCAGCUGUGGGACACAGUACAGGCUUUUGCCUCCAGCCUCACAGGCUCCUUGGCGACCCAAGCUGUCCUUCAGGGGGUUGGGGUGGGGGAUGCAGCUGCUUCUGUCUCAGCUGCCACCGUCACUUGGCUCUUAAAAGAUGGAACUGGCAUGCUGGGGCGAAUUGGUUUUGCCUGGUUGAUGGGGAGCAGACUGGAUUGUGAGGCCAAGAAAUGGAGGCUCUUCGCUGAUGUUCUCAAUGAUGCAGCCAUGUUCCUAGAGAUUGUGGCCCCAGCAUUCCCAUCCUGCUUUACCCUCAUUGUUUGUGUCAGCAGCUUGGCCAAGUGCAUUGUGGGAGUAGCAGGGGGAGCCACACGGGCAGCACUGACCAUGCACCAGGCCAGGAGAGACAACAUGGCUGAUGUUUCAGCCAAAGAUGGAAGCCAGGAGACUCUAGUGAACUUGGCAGGGCUGCUGGUCAGUCUUUUACUUCUUCCUCUGGUAUCUCAACGGCCAAGUCUCAGUCUUGCUGCCUUCUUCCUUUUCACCGUCCUCCAUCUCUAUGCCAACUUCCGAGCAGUUCGAGCUGUCAUCAUGGAAACGUUCAAUGAAGCUCGACUUUACCUUGUCCUAAAGCAUUUCAUUCAAUGGGGAAAGGUCCUAACGCCCCCGUUGGCCAAUCGUAUGGAACCACUAUGGACAGGUUGCCACCCUGCCCUGACUCUGUCCCUGGGUGUACCCCUGCACAGCCUGGUCUCAAGUGCCUUUGAACUGGAGCAGGUGAGUGAGGGACACCAACAACCCUACCUCCUUCGCUGGGACCAGUGCCAAGGUGAGAGGGGUAGAAAGCACGAUAGGCUAGGCCAGAUACAGGUGACUUUGGGCCAGGAAGUAAGUGCUGGGGUCAUUCUGAGGGCAGCAACACAUGGACUUUUGCUGGCAGCACUGUUGGAGGAUGUACCCCUUACAGAAGAGCUGGAGACCCUGAGGGGCCAAAUCAGGGCAGCCCCCGAAGGAGACAAUUGGACCAUUGUCAAGGAAACAUACCAGAUCCUAGAUAGGCUCUACCCCAAGUUCUUGAAAGAGCUACAGGCUGUAGGCUGGGAGACAGAGCACCAUCUAUUGGAGGUGGACGAGUGGCGAGCUGCGUGGCCCCUCUUGGAGAAGAAGACUUUGUGAGUGGUUCUGCCAUCACCUGGACCUAGACAAGGCCAGAUGGGGACCAGGAAUGCUCUGCAGUGAAUCAAAGGACGAAGAAUUCCAGAGAAGGUGAACUGCUCUCAGUGGGAGAACCUCCCUUGUCAGCACCUUCUCCAUUUUCUUUAUUUGGUGAACCUUCUCUAUGCUAUCGUUUUUUAAAUGACAUUGGAGGGGCAGCUAGGUGGCACAGUGGAUAAAGCACCAGCCUUGGAUUCAGGAGGACCUGAGUUCAAAUCCAGCCUCAGACACUUGACACUUACUAGCUGUGUGACCCUGGGCAAGUCACUUAACCCUCAUUGCCCUGCCCCCCCCCCCCAAAAAAAAUGGUAUUGGACUCUUUCAGAUCUGUGAUAAGUUUUAUUUUUAGUCAAUCACAAGCAGCCACAUUUUAAACUGACACAAUAAUGUAAAUGGUGUGUGUAUUUGUUAAGUACAAUAAUGGUAUGUAGUUGAUGAGUGAUGCAGCUGAUACAGAUAAAAAUGAUCCAGUCUUCA